AUGUCUACAAGCCUUCAGCCUGACGACCAGGGCCCCACAUCUGGGGUAACAAAGCACGACGGCUUUCAGACAUCCCCUCUUCUUCAGCUACCAGUCGAGUUGUUAUUCAUGGUAUUGGAUAUUCUACGUCCCCAUGAGAAGUCCAUCCUGGGGCAGACCUGCCGUAGUCUGAGUGAUAUCACCUAUGGCAAAUCACUGCCCACCUGUGAGCUCCCGGACGACGAGGCGUUCGAUUAUUUACGCUGCCUAUCACACAACGACACCGGAAGUUGGGUCUGUGCAUACUGUGGACAGCUACACACGGUCACGGAGGCUGAUCUCAGAGAGGAGUGGUGGGAAUCCUUCGCCUAUAAGAACGGCGGGCACGAGAGUUUGGUGCCACUCUGGGACAGCAGCUAUUGCAGCGACGGCUACCGCCACGUUCAACUGUCGUUGAAAUACGACAGACUAUCACCAAAAUCUAGCGAGUGCAGGGAACGCCUCAGGCGCCUGCUCACCCCCUACGAUGGCACGCCCACAUUCCCUGGACUUAAGACUGCCGUGCGAGGACACCUUCACGCAGCUCCGAAGGUCGUCCAGGGGAGGUUUAUUCUCAAAUCUACGUGGACGUUCGAUACGGGAGACGCCAUACUUUCACCCGCCAUCAUGGGGUUUAAUGUUCCCAUAUGCAACCAUCUUGGCUUCGGAAAAUCCUUUCGCGUGACUAAAACCUUGAAGAACGCGAUUGACAUGGCAUUUGAGGACCAAGGCAUCACAGUCCAUGGGAGUUGUGGAUCCUGCCCUACAGACUUUACUGUCAAGUUCCAGAGUGCUUCUGUGGCCGAGGUAUCGGCAUGGAAAGAUUUCGGGGGCGAAGUUUCCCCUGUUAG